AAAUGAGAAUGACAUAAUGCCUGACUUGAAUGAAAGAAGAGAUGAAAACUUCCAUUUUCUAUCAACAAGCAUUGCCUAAGUACCUAUAAUAUAUGAAGUCUCUGUAUUAGGGUUUUUGAGGACACAAUAAAUAAUCUAUUGCUCCACUCUACAGAGAGAGACUGGAUAUGAUCAUGUAGAGGAAAAGAAUAACUAAUUCUUGUUUUAGUGGAGGAAAAGAAUAACUAAUUCUCAUGGAAGAAAGCCUGAGAAUUCUUAUUGAAGUGGGAGGGAAGGAAGAUCUGUCAACAGGAAAAUCUGAAGACACUUCUUUAGGAGGUGGAAUCUGAGCUGAGCCUCAAAGCAGGAUAACAAUUGACAAAGAGUAAUGUGGAGAAACAAGUCUAGAGACUCAGGUAAGGUUUAACUAUGUGAUAUAAGUCAGGUGAAAAUUUUAAGUGUUAUUUCUCUUUCUCUAAACUAGGGCUAGGUGGAUAUGGGGUGGGAAUAGAGUAUUUUUAAAUAGAGACAAGACAUACCUGAAUUUUUGUUUCUAGAAGAGGUAUCUAGUUUGUAGCAUGAAUUGAAGGGCAUUAUAGAGACUAGAAUAAACAAAUAAACUACAUGAUAUUAUGCAGGAGAAGGUAAGAGCUACAUUAGAAAACAAGAUAAUCAGGCACUUAGUUAAGAAAAAGAUCCACAUGGAUCAAAGUAAAAAGGUGGUCCUCAGGGAAAGGCAGAAUUUGCAAUGAUUCUGGAAGCACUCAUUGAUUCAUUCAAGAAAUAUUAUAACAAUAACAUCUUAGAUGCCCUUGAGUAGAUGACAUUCUUGUAGAUGGAGACAGGGAACUAAAUAACAUUGGAAUUUAGUAUAAUAAAGACUUUACUGUUAGAACUAAAAUGUAUUGGUGUGAUGGGGACAUUUAUGGGAUACACACAGACCAUUCUUAAGAUAAAGGGACAUUUUCUUGGAAGAUUAACCUGGAAGAUCAAUAUAUGUUGUUUAAAGUGGAGAAGAAAGGGACAAAUACCUGCCCAGGUAAAGUUAGAGAAAAAGCCUGAGAUGAGAAUGUUUGUGUCUCCCAGAGAAUUAGAAGAGUUUUCUAGGACUGAAACUUAGAGGUAGCUCAGGACAAAAGUUAUUGUGUGGGGAGAUAAGUUUGAAUAAAUAAAGCCCUCACAAUUUAUGUUAAGGAAAGAUGGAGUUUUCCAUUUAAGGGUUUUAAGCAGGAACUUAGGUACAUGUUUGAAAGUUUACUUGAGUAGUGGUCUAGAGAAUGAAUUGGCUACAAAAAGACUAGAAUCUGGAAAACUAGGCAUGAACCUGUUCCAUUAUCUCACAGGAAAUUGUUCUGGUGUCAAAAAGGAAAAUGGUACAGGGAAUGGAGAAAAGUGAAUGGGUGUUAAGGAUGUGGCUUCAGCUGGACUUGGUAUGUGCUUGGCUGGGAGAAGCGAGAGGGAGAACAAUGUAGGAGUCAGGAAAUUGGAUACAGUGUUCAGGGUCAUAUAGAUAGGUAGUAGUAGAGGCAGGAUUUAAAUGUAAGUUGAUUGAGCCCAAAAUAUGCACUCUUAAUCUUCAUGUCAAACUUGAAAGUUAAAAAUGAAUCCUGGCUGAGCAUGAUGGCUCAGGACUGUAAUCCCAGCACUUUGGGAGGCUGAGGUGGGUGGAUAACCUGAAGUCAGGAGUUCAAGUCCAGCAUGACCAACAUGGUGAUCCCUGUCUCUAUUAAAAAUACUUAGCCAGAUGUGGCAGUGCAUGCCUGUAGUCCCACCUACUUGGGAGACUGAGGCACCAGAAUCAUUUCAACAUGGGACAUGGAAGUUGCAGUGAGCCAAGAUCGCACUACCGCACUCCAGCCUGGGUAACAGAGUGAGACUCCAUCUCAAAAUAUAAAUAUAAAUAAAUAAAUAAAUCCUAAUUAUGCCAGAAAAACUAGAUAUCCAUGUAAGUAAAAAUAAACGUUGAUAUCCAUUUCACACUAUACACAAAAUUUAAUUUGAGCUGGAUUUAGACCAAAACUAUAAAGCUUCUAGUGAAAAACGCGAAAUAUAUUUGUAACUUCAGGUAGGCAAGAUUUCUUUGAGAGGGCACAACAAAACAUUAUGCAUGAAAGAAAAUAAGUGUUAGAAAAAUGUUAAAUUGAAUCUCAUUAAGAUGAAAUUCUGCCCUUCCAAAGUUACCAUUAAGACAAUAAAAGGGCAGAACCGACAUCUUCCAGUAAUUCCCCAAAAUGAGGAACACAAAGGGAAAGAGGAGAGGCGCUCGAUACAUGUUCUCUAGGCCUUUUAGAAAACAUGGAGUUGUUCCUUUGGCCACGUAUAUGCGAAUCAAUAAGAAAGGUGAUAUUGUAGACAUCAAGGGAAUGGGUACUGUUCAAAAAGGAAUGCCCCACAAAUGUUAUCAUGGCAAAACUGGAAGAGUCCACAGUGUUACCCAGCAUGCUGUUGGCAUUGUUGUAAACAAACAAGUUAAGGGCAAGAUUUUUGCCAAGAGAAUUAAUGUGCAUAUUGAGCACAUCAAGCACUCUAAGAGCCAAGAUAGCUUCCUAAAACAUGUGAAGGAAAAUGAUCAGAAAAAGAAGGAAGCCAAACAGAAAGGUACCUGGGUCCAACUGAAGCGACAGCCUGCUCCACCCAGAGAAGCAGACUUUGUGAGAACCAGUGGGAAGGAGCCUGAGCUGCUGGAACCUAUUCCCUAUGAAUUAUGGCAUAAUAGGUGUUAAAAAAAAAUAAAAGACCUCUAGACUGUAAAAAAAAAAAAAGACAAUAAAAGGACAAAUUAUAUUAGAUUGGGAGAAAUAUUUGCAUACAGGUAUGUGAGAAAAAGUUGUAUUUUAACAAUAUAUAAAUGACUCUGAUAAUGCAAUUAAAACAAGCAGCCCAAUUAUAAGUGGGCAAAAAACUUGACUGAGCAUUAACAAUGUGAAAUAUAUGAAUAGCCAAAAUUACUCCAAGGUUUCUCACUGUCAUCGUUAAAAUGGCAAAUAAAAAUGAAAUUUAUUUUACACUCACUUGAAUGUCUAAAAGUAAAAAGACUAAAAAAGUCAGUGAAGAUACACAGCAAUUGGUAUCUGAAGCAUUUCUCAGAGUACAAAAUUGUGAGUUAUUUUUAGAAAACAGCAUUUUUUCUUUUUUACACAGUUAAACACAUAUCCAUCUAUAAUAUGUCAGUAUUUUUUCUAGGUAUUUAUUUAAGAGAAAUGAAGACAUAUACCCUAGAAAGUUACACUUGUAUUCUUGUAGCAGCUUGAUUAAUAAUAAACAAUAACUGGAAACAAAUGUCCAUCAACAGAAUGAAUGAAAAUAUGAUAUAGCUAUACAGUGGAAUACUUCUCAGCAAUGAAAAAACAAACUACUAAUAUAAAGAAUAAUAUAGAUGAAUCUCAGAAACAUAGGUUGACUUAAAUGAUACAUAAGAAAUAGUACACACUAUAAUUUUAUUCAUAUGAAGUUCAACAACAGAAAAAACUAAUCUGUGGAGACAAACUAGAAUAGCGAUUGCUUAUGCAUUGUGUGGUGGACUGGAAUAGGAUAUAAGAAAACUUUCUGCAGUGAUAAAAAUGUUCUACUGCAUUUUUAUCACUGCAGAAAGUGAUAAAAAAAACAUCUAAAGGUGGUAACUUUAGAUGUUUGCAUUUCUUAAAACAUUAAAUGGUAGGUCUAAGGUCUUAUUUAUCUGUUUGUAAAUUUUACCUCAACAUAGAAAAUACCUUUCUACCUCCCUUAAAAUAAAUCAAUUUCACACUUAGAUGAUUUUACUAUGGAGAUAAUGGGAAGGGGAAAUAGUAGAUUAAGAGCUUCAUUUUAUAUGGGAAAAUAUAAUACUUUCUGAUUAAUUCUGGGCAUUGUAAGAAAAAAAUCAAGUGUACAU